AAAGGUCCGGUCAUGUGCUGCAGAGCUAUUUAAUCCAGGGGAGAGUAAUGAGCCGGCUCUCGGGGGGGGGCUGCAGACAGAGAGGAGCAGCAUGGACAGUCAGAGAACCUGGAUGUCGGGUCUCCUGGUGGCGGCCCUGUGCGCGGGCCUGGCCUCGGCCCAGUUCCCGCGGCAGUGCGUGACCCCCGGGGGGCUGCGGAGCGGCCAGUGCUGCCCGUCGCCCUCGGGCCUGGCCGGGGACGAGUGCGGCGCCGGCUCGGGGAGGGGUCGGUGCGUGACCCUGGCCGCCGACGCCCGGCGCCACGGGCCCCAGUACCCGUACGCGGGCCGCGACGACAGGGAGAGGUGGCCGCUGAGGUUCUUCAACCGCACCUGCCAGUGCAACGGCAAUUACAGCGGCCACGACUGCGGCCGGUGCCGGCACGGCCUGAGCGGACCCAACUGUGACCAGAGGGUCUCUGUGGUUCGGAGGAACAUAAUGCAGAUGAGCUCAGCUGAGAAGCAGGCGUUCGUGAACGCUUUGGACCGAGCUAAAAGGACCGUCCACCCGGACCUGGUCAUCUGUACGCGACGACACCAGGAGAUGCUCGGUCCGGAUGGAAACACCCCGCAGUUCGAGAACAUCACCAUUUAUAACUACUUCGUCUGGAGCCACUACUACUCUGUCAGUAAAACCUACCUGGGGCCGGGCCAGGCCAGCUUCGGAGGAAUCGACUUCUCCCACGAGGGCCCGGGUUUUGUCACCUGGCACAGAUUCCAUCUGCUGCACCUGGAGAGAGACAUGCAAGACAUGCUGGGCGACCCCACCUUCGCGCUGCCCUACUGGAACUUCGCCAUCGGGGGCAACGAGUGCGACAUCUGCACCGACGACCUGCUCGGCGCCCGGAGCAGCUUCGACAUGAGCUCCAUCAGCUCCAACUCGGUGUUCUCCCGGUGGAGGGUGGUCUGCGAGCACGUGGAGGACUACGACACGUUGGGCACCGUCUGCAACAGCACAGAGAGCAGCCCCAUCCGGAGGAACCCGGCCGGCAACGUGGCGCGGCCCAUGGUGCAGAAGCUGCCCGAGCCCCAGGACGUGCUGGACUGUUUGGAGCUGAAGACCUUCGACACGCCUCCGUACUACUCCACCUCCUCCGAGAGCUUCAGGAACACCAUUGAAGGCUACAGCGCCCCCCAGGGGAUGUACGACCCGGUGGUACGCAGCCUCCACAACCUGGCCCACCUCUUCCUCAACGGCACCGGCGGACAGACCCACCUCUCGCCCAACGACCCCAUCUUCGUGCUGCUGCACACCUUCACGGACGCCGUGUUCGACGAGUGGCUCCGCCGGCACCGACCCGGUGAGGUGGUGUACCCCGAGGAGAACGCGCCCAUUGGGCACAACCGCAGGUUCAACAUGGUUCCGUUCUGGCCCCCGGUCACCAACGCCGAGAUGUUCGUCUCCGCCCCAGAGAACCUGGGCUACACCUACGAGGUCCAGUGGCCAACUCGCGCCUUCACCCUGUCGGAGAUCAUCACCGUGGCCGUAGUGGCGGCGGUGCUGGUGGUGGCGGUGGUGGGCGCCGUGGUGGCCUGCGUGGUGCGCGACCGCUCCUACCGCUCGGCCGACGCCCUGGAGCCGCUGCUGGGAGACACCUUCCAACGCUACUCAGGUGACAGUCGCAGGUCAGACAAGUCGCAGUCCGUCGUCUGAACCCGGGCCCGUCCACAGAGGCGCGGCUUGUUACCAUGUUCACGCAUUUGUUCUGCUUUUCCUAACGGCUCAAUUUCUUCUAAUAAAUUUGAGCUGGCUUCAAACAGA